AUGUUUUCUCAAUUUAGACUCAUUCUAUUUCUAUUUGAUUACUUUCUUGAUUGAUAAUCAUUACCAUGUACUACUACUACCUGUGAAUUCAUCGCUGUAUUUGGGGUCACUGCAAUUUCUAUAACAGAAAGAUUGUUUUUUUAUUUAUUUUUUUAUUGUAAAAAAUGAGAAGAAAAAAGAAGAAGCAAAGUUUAUUCUAGUUAUCAUUUUGAUUACAAGAGCUUGAUAUGUAUAUAUUUGUGUGUGUUUUGGAGGUAUUGAGAUUGUGAAUACUGAAUAUGGUGGAGGGGGAUUUUGAUUUUGGUUGAGUGAGACAUAAGCUGUACUCUGUAGAAUGAAUGAUUAUAAAACUUGGGUGCUGUCAAUAAAUUGUCAAUCAUAGUUUAAUUCGAGGGCUGACAUUUAAGAUGAAAUAUGAUACAACUGUCGGUGGCCUGUAAAUAAAUACUAUAAAGUAUUUAAUGGUUCCAAUUAAAUGUUGCAUUAUGUAGUAGGUAGAGAAUUCUGGAGUGGUGGUUGAUACUUGCACUAAAGGUUAUAAGCUAAAAGCUAAAAAUCCAUUUUGCUAGAAGUUCAUUCUAGGAUUUGAUUUUAAUUGUGAUUCGUGGCCAUUGGUUUGUAGAAAGAUUUGACUGGCUGAUUAGUUUCUAGAAGUGGUAAUCUUAACUAGAUUCAUCUGGCAGAAUUGUCUGCUAUUGUUUGAACUGCUGACAUAUGUUAAAAUUCAGAUAACUAUCUUGAAAUUUGGAAGAUCUUAUGAUGAUAAUAUAUGUCUCUGUAGUCUGUACAGUGGCAGGUUGUCUUUAAAGCAUACUUCAAAAUUUAAUUUGACAAAGAUAUAGCACACUUGAAACAGACACAAAAACUUUUUUUUCUUCUUUGGAGGUUUGUGAACCAAACCCAAUUUUUUUAAAAUGUAAGAAACUGAUAGCACUAGAACUGGGAAUCAGUGGGUUUUGCUUUGGCAACAUAGAUAAAAAAUGGAUGCUUUAAUGUUUUAAUUUCCAUGUUGUUCUUCAAUGUGCCUGUCUUGACUAAUAAUAAGCCAGAAGAAUCUUGUUUGUUCAGCAUCCCCAACUGGGUGUGGUGAAGGUGAAAGAAGAAUUUUCUAAUCACUGUGCUCAAAUGACUUGUUUAGAGUUGAGAAAGUUAUCUAAGAUGAGACUUGUGAAAGCCAUCCAGAUCAGCUAGAUCAAAUACCUUUCACUGUUCAUGGAUGACAUUGAAAGAUUGAGUGAAAAGGCCUUUCCAAAUGGAGACAUCUAUAGUGGUGAUUUUAAGGCAUUACUGCCUAAUGGCAAAGGUAAAUAUACAUGGUCAGAUGGGACAAUUUAUGAAGGUGAUUGGGAAGAAGGAAAAAUGACAGGGAAAGGACAGAUCAUUUGGUCAAAAGGGGCAAAAUAUGAAGGUGAUUUCUCUGGGGGUUAUCUACAUGGUUUUGGCACCUUUACUAUUCCUGAAGGAUCUUUUUACAGUGGGGCCUGGAGGAUGAACGUUCAGCAUGGGUUCGGAAGAAAGCAGUAUUCUAAUUUUGAUACAUAUGAAGGUUCAUGGAAUGAAGGAGUACAUGAAGGUUGUGGGAGAUAUUGUUGGUGUGAUGGAAAUACAUAUAUUGGACAUUGGAAAGCUGGGAUAAUGAGUGGUAGAGGGGUUAUGAAAUGGGUCAAUGGUGAUCUUUUUGACGGCCUUUGGUUAAAUGGGUUUAGACAUGGGUCUGGAACUUAUAGGUUUGCUGAUGGGGGAUAUUACAUUGGAACUUGGAGCAGGGACCUAAAAGAUGGAAAAGGAACGUUCUAUCCUGCUGGAAGUAAACAUCCAACCUUAAAUACGUGGUCUAGGUCUCUCGGAUAUGAUGAUGGAAAAAACUUUUUGUCUCAUAAUUUCUCAUUGAACUCAGAGGAAGGCAGGGCUCCAACACAAAGUGUUAAGUGCAGUCUUUCUGAGAAGAUUUCUAUUGGUGGAAUUUUAAAAAAUACAGGUCGAAAAUCACAUAACUCUUCAUUGUUAGAUAAAAACCAGAAUCUUUGUGAUCCUGCCAGGGACUUUACAUGUCAUGAAUCUUCAGGCAUGUCAUCCCAUACCUCUGAUGAAGGUCAACAUGAGGUGCACGAUAAUAAUACUUUAGUUUAUGAAAGGGAAUACUUGCAAGGAAUCUUAAUCAAAGAGAGAGUUAGGAAAUAUGCGGAGUUAACAUGCAAAACUAAGCAGCGUAAAACAUUUAAUGUGAAAAAGGCAAUAAGGAGCUCAUGUCUGGAUAUUUUCAAAGGCAAUCAGAGCUAUUAUUUAAUGCUUAACUUGCAACUUGGCAUAAGGUACACUGUUGGCAAGAUUACACCAGUGCCUAUGCGUGAAGUGCGAUAUUCUGAUUUUGGUGAUCGAGCUAGAAUAAGGAUGUAUUUCCCCAGAAAGGGUUCCCAGUUUACACCUCCUCACUAUUCUAUUGAUUUCCAUUGGAAAGACUAUUGCCCUAUGGUCUUCAGGAAUUUGAGGGAGAUGUUCAAGUUAGAUGCAGCUGAAUACAUGAUGUCCAUGUGUGGUGAUGAUGGUCUAAGGGAGCUUGCUUCUCCUGGGAAAAGUGGCAGUAUCUUCUAUCUUUCUCAUGAUGACAGAUUUGUGAUUAAGACAUUAAAAAGAUCAGAACUGAAGGUUCUGCUCAAGAUGCUGCCUAAAUAUUAUGAACAUGUAAAAAAACAUGAGAACACUCUCAUAACAAAAUUUUUUGGGCUCCACCGGAUAACAUUAAGAGGGGGAAGAAAGGUACGCUUUGUGGUUAUGGGUAAUAUGUUUUGCACAGAACUAAGAGUUCACCGUCGUUAUGAUCUGAAAGGAUCAUCUAUAGGAAGAGUUACAAAUGAAGACAAAAUUGACCAGACUACCACCUUGAAAGACCUGGAUCUGUUGUAUGAAUUUCAUAUGGACAAAUUAUUGCGAGAAUACCUUCUGAGACAAAUUCAUCUGGACUGCGAGUUCUUAGAAUCUCAACAGAUAAUUGAUUAUAGCCUUCUGUUGGGGGUACACCUUAGAGCUCCUGAGCAGAAGACUCUCUUAGAAACUGAUGACGAUGCAAUUUCACAAGGAGAACUCAUGAUUCCUCCCACACGCCUGGUACUGGUAAACCAUGAACCCAACAUUCUCAGCAAAACACCAGGUCCGCACAGCAGAGGAAAUGUGUUGAGAGCAUACUCUUUAGGUGACAAGGAAGUUGAUCUUUUACUGCCUGGUACUGGAAGGUUUCGCGUGCAGUUGGGAGUUAACAUGCCAGCUCAGGCCCACCCCAAGCCCGAUUCCAAAGUUGAACCUUUUGAGGUUUAUGAUGUUGUCCUGUUCAUGGGCAUAAUUGAUAUAUUGCAGGAAUACAACGUGAAAAAGAAACUUGAGCAUGCAUGCAAAUCAUUGCGAUAUGACCCCCUUAAAAUAUCAGUUGUUGAACCCAAGCUGUAUGCUAAACGUUUUAACGAUUUCUUGAAGACAGUUUUCCCAGACUAGCCAUGAAGGAGACCUUCAUGUUAUUUUCCUUUUUGUUAUUGUUAAUUUUUCUUGCUUAUCAUCAUUGUUUUAUAGGAAAAGCUUUGUUUCUUUUCAUGCUAACAUGUAAUUCUUUUUACAGUCAUUCGUUGUAAAGUAAAUAAUCUCAAAUAAUAAAUGCUUUCAUUUUACUGUUGGUAAUGUA